UAGAAAAAACAAUUGAUUAGCCCGCACUGUCAGAUCCAGUGAUCCAGUCAAUCAGAUGAUGGCAUCACGAGAUGGACUUUUAAAUCUCUGCACAUCCGAAUCAUCGGUGGAAUCAUCGGUAACGGGUCGAGGCCGAGCGAGCGGCGACCAGACACCUCUCGUACAAUGAUCGACGUGUCAUCGACCAAUUAACAAAUACCUAGUCGGAUUGCUGAAUCGAUUUGGAGGAUCAUUUAUCAGCAAUGGCCACAGGUGGUAGUAGUUUUAUCAGCAAACCAGCCAGAGGAUGGUUGCAUCCGGAUCAUCUAGUGAGUAAGGAUGGAAUUAGUUACACAGUGAAGUAUAUUGGAUGUCUCGAAGUAUAUACGUCUAUGAAAAGCUUAGAUUUUAAAACGCGCUCAUGCGUAGCUAAGGAAUGCAUAAACAGAGUUUGCGAAGCUGCCGGAUUAAAAUCUGCUGAUAAAAAGAGAAGGGUUGAUAGGAAAGUGUUGAGAGCCAUAGCAGAUAAACCUCGCAUGGAGCACAGCGCUACUAGUGUUACUUUAACUAUUAGCAGUUGCAGUUUAUCCUUGACUAACAUUGAAACUGGACACAUUAUUGCGAAACAUGAUAUGCCACGAAUAUCUUUUGCUUCGGGCGGUGAUACGGAGAUAUUGGAUUUUGUUGCAUAUGUUGCCAAAAAUAUGCAAGAGUGGCGUGCGUGUUAUGUGCUUGAAUGUACAGGUGGUUUAGCACAAGAUGUUAUAUCCACUAUUGGACAAGCAUUUGAACUCAGGUUUAAAGAAUUUCUUACGAAGCCAAGUUCUCUGCACCCUGUAUUAAACGGUGUCAGAGAAAUGGACAGAGAUUAUUACAAUGAUCUACCAGGAAAAGUACCGCCAGAUAUUGGCCCACCACCAGUACCUCCUUUGCCUAAUACAGCAUCCACACUGCCUAAUCUGAAGCAUCAUCAAAAUCAUGCGUCGCGUACUCAUGCAGAAAGUAUUGCAGUUGAUUCAUUUCCAUCUGCUGCAGAGAGACAUCAGCAGUUAGCAGAAACUGGGAACUUAAUCGAUUUAAACUCAGAUAGCACUAUAUCCCCGUCAAUAAAUCUAAAUAUGUCUGAGCACAAUUAUGUAAACGAUAGUGUCAUAACUGCAAACAGGGAUAAUCAUCGUGAUCCAGCAUCACUUUUUGAUGUUUUUGAUAUGCAGCCGUUCAGUUCUGCAAUAUCAGAUAUGAAUAGACUAAGUCCCCGUUCACAGAAACAGCAGUUAAAACAAGAAAUUUGGUUUCACGGAAGUGUUAGCCGAUCUGAAGCAGAAUCUAUGCUUACUAGGGAUGGCGAUUUUUUAGUUCGAGAGUCGCAAGGUUCUCCUGGCCAAUACGUUCUGACUGGGAUGAAUAAUAAUACCCCAAAACAUUUACUGUUGAUAGAUCCUGAAGGAGUUGUUCGCACAAAAGAUCGUGUAUUUGAUAGCGUAAGUCAUUUAGUGAAUCAUCACUGUGACAAUGUGUUACCUAUCAUAUCGGCUGACAGUGUUUUAGUGUUGCGUUAUCCCAUCCCCAGGCAUACAAAUUAUUGAUUUUAAGUUGAACAAUAACUAAUAGCCCGACUAUCGCACACUGAAUACGAAUGAACGAACGAUGAGCGAUAUAUAAUGAUAGUUCUGCAUUUUUGGACCUUACAUCGUCAUAUUGGAAAAAGUAUAGUUAAUAUUGCUCAUCGCUCGUUGCAAUAUGCAAGAGUUAUAAGAGCAUAAACUUGGCAAAGAUUUUCCGAAAUAUUAUUUUGCACAUCUUUGGGUGAAAAUCUCUGGCAAGUUUUGGCUUUUUAUGAUAUUUUUAAGAUCAGUCACUUUAUAUAAAAGAGACAUAUAUGGUUUGUAGUAUCUUUUUAUUGUAUAUGAAUAGAUAAUUUGUGACUAUUUUUCUGUGAAUCUCCUUAUAAAAUGUGCCAACCUAACCAAAGUAAUAUAAUUUCCAUAAUUUAUCAAAGUUAAGCACAUUCCAAUUUGUUGUAUAAAAUAUUAAUUUGUCUUUGGAUUAUUUAAGAUUUACAUACGUAAAGAUUUUAUAUAUAUAGAUAUAUUUCAUAUAUAAAGUAUGCUUUUUAUAUUAAACACAUUGUUGCAACCUUCUAUUUAUCAUGCAAAAAUAAUUACAAUAAAUAUAAUUUCAUGCGG